UUAUUGGUUUCAGAUGGCCGGAUCUUUACUAGUCAUAGCACCUUUGGUGCUCUUUGCGAGUCUACAAGUUGGAGUAGAGGCUCAACGCUACUCCAAUUACUACCCUCGCGGCUACUACGGCCGAAACUUGGGCUCUCUUUACGAGCAUGGGCGCUCCAUCUCCGACAAUCAGGUGUCUUGCGGGGCUUAUACGUGUGGCGUUGGGGCUCACUGCACCCAAGGCAGUGUGAGGCCAGUGUGCGCGUGUCUGCCAGGACAUUCUGGAGACCCGCUGUCGCAGUGCAUAAGGAUCGAAUGCGUUGAUAACAGUGAAUGCCGAAGCCACCAAACUUGUGUGAACCAGCACUGCGUAAACCCAUGCGAGGGCACCUGUGGCAUCAAUGCCAAUUGUGACGUACGCAACCACAUUCCGGUGUGUACUUGCCCUGCGGGAUACACCGGUAAUCCCUUCUCAUCUUGCAGAGUUGCCGACCCAGAAGAGGCUUGCCAUCCGUCACCGUGCGGACCCAAUACGAAAUGCCACGUCGCCAACAACCAAGCUAUCUGUACCUGCCUGCCUGGAUACAGGGGUAGCCCUCUAUCCGGCUGUCGACACGAGUGCGACUCAGACCACGAGUGCGGCUCGCAGCAGUCGUGCCGCGACUUCAAGUGCGCCAGCCCCUGCAGCGACUGCGGCGUCAACGCUGAUUGCGAGACUGUGGCGGCGCAUCGCGCUGUUUGCAAGUGCCCGAGAGGCUACCAUGGCGAUCCCUACCGCAUCUGCUCCCCCGAGUGCUCGUCCGACGGCGAGUGCCCAAGCUACAAGCCCGCCUGCGUGUACAACGCCUGCAUCAACCCCUGCACGAACGUCUGCGGCGUGAACGCUGACUGCAACCUCCGCGGCCUGACCCCGGUGUGCUCUUGCCCUAGGAACAUGACUGGAGAUCCCUUCACCUACUGCCGGCCUUUCGAAGCCCGUGACCUCUGCGAGCCCAACCCUUGCGGUACCAAUGCCAAGUGCACCCCCGGCCACGACAGAACCGGCGCCGAGCGUCCCGUCUGCACGUGCCCCUCUGGAUACAUCGGCAAUGCCCUCGUCAAUUGUGAACGAGGUGAAUGCGAGCUGGACUCCCAGUGCCCCGACCACCUGGCGUGCGUUGGCUUCCAGUGCGUGGACCCCUGCCUCGGCAACACCCAGUGCGGUUCCGGAGCUGUGUGCAUGGGCAGGAGACAUCUUGCCGUCUGCACGUGCCCUCAAGGUCGCAACGGCGAUGCCCUGGUGAAUUGCUACGAAAGUCGGUCCGUGGCUGCCUCCACACGCUACUACAGGUACAAGCGCAAUGGCAACGGCGACCCCGAACCUGCUGCCGUCUCCGAAGCUAACGUGGAAGCUCAAUCAGAAGCAACCGAAGUGAAAAGCGAAGCAACCGAAGUGAAAAGCGAAGCAACCGAAGUGAAGAGUGAAAAGGUUGAGGCAGUCGAAGCAUAG